GUUCUGAAAAAAAAUCUCAAUGUCUCGAAGCUAAAAAAAUAUUAAAGCAAUGGAUAUUGAAACAUCAUCAGAAUGCUGUUGCAGUAACUUGUAAUAUGAUAAAAAUGCAUAUGUUAAUAUUAUUAUCAACUGAUUUUGUAGAAACUUAUCCUGGUGCAGACAGUAAAUUUUGUGCUACUGAUAUGUGGCUCUUUCGAUUUAUGAAAAGAAAUAAUUUUACUCUUCAACAUAAAACAAAAAUUUCUCAAAAACUUCUAGAAGAUCUUACAGAUAAGAUCAUUAACACCUGUGAAUCCAAAACUGUAAAUGUAUGUAUAACUGAUAACGAAAAAAAUAGAUUUACAUGUGUACUUACAAUACUUGCUGAUGCAGGAAUAAAUGUAUGGUUUGAAAAAAUAUGGUCAAAAAGACCAGGUGGUUUAGCUUAUAAAAAAGAAAGAGCAUUGUUAGUAUUAGAUAGUUUUGAAGAACAUAAGACCAAAAAUAUAAAAAAAAAAGCUAGAGAAGAAAAUACUGAUCUUUGUGUUAUUCCUGAUGAACUUACUUCAACAGUUCAGCUAUUAGAUAUAAUCAAAGCCUGGAAUGAUAUUUCUUCUGAAAUGGUUUCAAAAUCUUUUAAAAAAUGUGGUAUUUCUAAUGCAAUGGACGGAACUGAAGAUGAUUUUAUUUGGAAGAAAAAUAAUGAAAAUAAUAAUAUGAUGAUGAAAUUGACACUG